AUGGGUAUGCCACUAUCCGAGGCCGACCUGAAUGAGGUGUCUCAUAUAGGAUCAAAACGACCAACUGAACCCUGGCUGGCAACUAGAACUGGCAACAACGAAUCUCGUCCACUUGUUGUAAAGCUGUUACGUCGCCAAAAAAGGGAUGAGGUGGUAAAAGCAGAACAUCACGAUGACUCCGGCUCAAAAGAUUUACAUUUACGAGAGGUUAACAAAAGCUAA